UUCUAUUGCAAAGGUUUUACGAAGAUGACUGUAACAGUACACUGUGCAUCGCCAAGCACAACAAUGGAAGUAGCGACUUCAACCGGAUCAAAGGAAAACGUUGUUACCACUUAUAUCCCGCUACAGGGACCACCUCUAAUGCUAUCUAAUAAUGAAAAAUCUCAGAACACAACACAGAUUCCAAUAAUGUAUCAGCAAACUGAAAAUUUAAUAGAGAUGUUACAUUCGAAAGAUGAAAAUCAGACGGAACAGGUUCAAGAAAUCGAACCACCCAAAGAAUUGUCUAUUUCUGCGGCGGAAAGUGUCGAAUUAGAAAAAUAUAAUAACGAGAAUGAAGACGUAAAACUUCCUUUGCAAAUUAAGGAUGGUAAAGAAAGCACAGAAAUUAAAAAAAAUGAUGUUAAAGAAUUACGAUCAAAUCAAGUUUCACAUCCGAGAAUACCGAAGUCAGAUACAAAUGAUAAUAAUUUAACGAAUAAAGGUCGAAAAAGCGGAGAACAAAAUAAUUCUGCGAAACAAAAUAAAAGGGUUAAGAGAACAAGAUGUGUAACAUUGCAGAAGGAUAAAAAAGAUAAUGCUCGUACAUAUUCGAGAUUUUUACCAUUGGAAGAUAUAAAGACAAGAGAUUUGAAGGAUGUAAGAUGUAACGAACAGGAUUACACGCAGACUAUUUGCAUGCCUAUAAUCCCUCACGAAGUCGUUGAACAUCCACAUUGUGCCAGAACUAUCAUGUCAUCGGUUUUUCAACGAAACAAUAGAAUUGAUCCAGCGUACAUGCCAGAAUGCGAAACUUAUAUUGCUCAAACGGAGAAUCCAUAUAUUCAAGGUGAAGUUGAUACUCCAACUGAGCCGUUUACUACCCUCCCGAUUGCAGCUACGACAAAUACAGAUGUAUGCACGACAUGUAAAAAGAAGAAGGUAUCGAUUAUUACGAAUCAAAAUGAAGAUAUUCCACAAGAGAGUUUUAACUCUGGAAAUUUUCCAUGUAUAAGUAGAGGAAUCGUUUCUGCAAGUUUUCAAAGUGUUUCCUUAAUUGUAAAAUAUUGAUGAAAUCAUUCGUAGGUAUAAAUUAAUUUUGUUUG